UCUUUCCCAACAGGGGAGCCCACCCCUGGGGAGAGCCAGGGUCAGAGAGCCCCUGCAGUAGAACCAUCCUCCUGCCUGCUUCCAAGGGGCUGGAGCCAAGGGCAGGGUUUCCAAGGAUUGAUGCCAUGUGUUCCUGUGUCCUCCUGGCCACAACUGACUUUGCCAGAAGAACAGUCUCCCACAAGAAACAUCUUUCAUUUUCUCAUUGUUAACCUUCACUGGCACUUUUUAAAGAAAAAGAAAUUUCCAGAUUGAGUUGGUACCUGCAGUUCUCUCUUGCUUUGCCCCUAACCCACUGAGUAGCUGCAGGUGCUCCAGGAGAGCAAAUGCAGAGGGAGAAGCCUUUCAACACAUUUCAUACACAUCAGUCCCGAGUGCUGGAGGGUGUUCUGCCACCCAGGGUAGAGCUCCUCUGUCAGUGUGCAAAUGGAUGUUGUUUUGAAGCUUUGGGGUUUAUUUAAAUUUAAAUUUCCUUUCUUCAGUGCUGCCAUGACAGUCUUUUACGGUACCAGUGUGUGAUCAAGGGAGUAUGGGCCAAAGUUAAAUCAACUCAUUGCUCACCUAGCUGAGUCCUUUUUUAGAAAUCUGGAACACAAACUCCAUUCUUGCAUGUUCCAAUGAAGACUCUCAUUUCACCAUAAAAUGCACAUGAAUCCUUUCCUUAUCUGCUUCUCUUAUCAACAGAUGUUCUACUAGCUCUGGGAUUAAAUGUGGGAAAGUAUUGCACACUGACAGAUGAGUUUUCCAUUAGAGAGAAAUUUCAAAGUUAUUGCUUCUAUCCACUGUACUGUUUGUCCAUUCCCUCCUUUGUCUGACAAACACAACAAGCAGUGAAGAUGACAAAGAGCAGCUACCAUGAGCCACACACAGAGGAGGGGAAAGGAAACAUUAAGCCUUCGGAUAGAUGUGGCAAUGUAAUGGAGAGAGAAAUUCUGGACUAUGUGUGAACUCAAUGAGCAAUCAGGCUGCAGUUGGAUGGAAUCAGCUUUAAGACUUGCUGUAAUUUUGAAUCUUUUACAUUCCCCAGUGUGUUACAAGUGCAAGGCUUCUUAUAGAUUAUUGAUACUAUGUUCUACUGCAUAGCUUAAUAUGAUUUUAGCCCCGCAUGCAUGGAUGAGGCUUCUCAAGACCCCAUUUGGUUUAAGUCCUCUGUAAUUUUCUUGGACUGAGCAAUUCCUUUGGUUUGGCCUCCAGCCCACACAAGGAGCACCUGCAUGGCUCUCACACAGCCAUGCCCUCCUACCUCAGCCAUGAACUGACCUUAGGCUACUGAAGGACAAGGCUGUGGAGGCUGCCCUGCUUCAGCUCCGAGCCAAGCCUGGCCCAUGGCAUUGGCACACACCUGCACCCCUGGCUAUAUAAGCACAGCUCUCCAGCUGGGAUUGUCUACUCAGCGCUCACCAUGGCUCGCUGGCACAUCCUGGCCUUGGCCCUGUGCUCCUACCUCGGGGUAGCGUGCGCUGCGACCCUGGGUGUGGUGCUCACCGAGGGAGGAUUUGUGAAAGGUGAGAAUAAGAAGCUGGGACUGUUUGGGAGCUACGUUGACAUCUUCAGAGGGAUUCCCUUUGCUGCCCCCACAAAGAGACUGGAAGACCCUGAAUCUCAUCCUGGCUGGGAUGGAACUCUGGAAGCAAAAGAAUUCAAACCACGCUGCAUGCAGAUGAUGCUGACACAGACUGAUGUCCGUGGGAGUGAGGACUGUCUCUACCUGAACAUCUGGAUCCCUCAAGGGAAGAAACAGAUCUCUACCAAGCUGCCUGUGAUGGUUUAUAUUUACGGCGGCGCUUUCCUGGUCGGAGGCAGCCAGGGAGCCAAUUUCCUGGACAACUACCUGUAUGAUGGGGAGGAGAUCGCCGUGCGGGGCAACGUCAUCGUGGUGACCGUCAACUACCGCCUGGGGCCGCUGGGCUUCCUGAGCACCGGGGACGAAAACCUGCCAGGGAACUACGGGCUCAAGGACCAGCACAUGGCCAUUGCCUGGGUGAAGAGGAACAUCAAGGCUUUUGGGGGUGACCCAGACAACAUCACCAUCUUUGGGGAAUCGGCCGGUGCCACCAGUGUCUCCCUGCAGACGCUGUCCCCAAAGAACAAGGGCCUGUUCAAGAGAGCCAUCAGCCAGAGUGGUGUCGGGCUGUGCAGCUGGGCUGUCCAGAGGGACCCGCUCCUCUGGGCCAAAAAGCUUGGAGAAAAGUUGGGCUGCUCCACACACAACACCACCAUCUUGGCCAACUGCCUGCGCAGCUCUGACCCCAAAGCCUUGACCCUUGCCUACCACCUGCAGCUCACCAACCUGCCCAUGCCCCUGGUGCACACCCUCGCCCUCUCUCCUGUGGUUGAUGGGGAUUUCCUCCCAGACGUGCCAGAGAAGCUCUUUGCCAACGCUGCCGACAUCGACUACGUGGCCGGGGUCAAUGACAUGGACGGGCACUUCUUUGCCGGUGUGGAUUUACCCGCCAUCAACCGCCCGCUGGUGAAAGUCACUGCAGAUGAGGUGUACAAAUUGGUCAAAGGCCUCACUGUGGACAGGGGAGAGGCUGGAGCCAGUGCCACCUACAACAUCUACACACAGAGCUGGGGUGACAAACCCUCGCAGGAGGUCAUGAAGAAGACAGUGGUGGAGCUGAUGACUGACUACAUCUUCCUGAUCCCCACACAGAAGGCACUGGACCUGCACCUGCAGAAUGCCAAGAGUGGCAAGACCUACAGCUACGUGUUCUCCGAGCCAUCCCGCAUGCCUGUGUACCCCAGUUGGGUCGGGGCAGACCAUGCUGAUGACCUGCAGUACGUGUUUGGGAAGCCCUUUGCCACCCCCCUGGGCUACAAGGCCAAGCACAGGACUGUCUCAAAGGCCAUGAUUGCUUACUGGACCAAUUUUGCCACGACUGGUGACCCCAACAAAGGCAAUUCAGAUGUGCCUGUUUCCUGGCCAGCCUACACCAAGAACGGCAAAUACUACCUGGAUAUCAACAACAAGAUGAACAAGAACUCUGUGAAGCAGGACCUGAGAUCCCGGUUUGUGACCUUCUGGAACUCGGUCUAUCUUCAGCUGCCACAGGUUGCCAACAUCUCCCAGUCAGAGUUACAGUUCUGAAGCUAAGAAAAAAAAUCACCUUUUAGAGAUCAUUAAAGGCUUGCAUGUAACUGAG